AUGGCAUACGUAAACGUAAAAGACUGGUCAGUAGAUCAAGUAACAGAUUGGCUCAAAGGUUUGGAUAACGUAAUUUUACAGUACGCCUCAUCGUUCCUGAACAAUGGUGUCACCGGCCACCAAUUACUCAAUCUCAGGGCGGACGAUUUGGAGCAUUUGGGCGUCAGGAUGCUGGGCCAUCAGGAGAUCAUUCUGGAGGCCGUCGAGCAUUUGAGGAAUUUCCAUUACGAAUUGGACAAGGAAAAUCUACAAACUCUAGCCUUGAAGCUGUCGUGCGCGUCGAAUUCCCUGUACAAGGAAUUGUUAUUGUUAGACGACGAUUGCGAUACCGUUCAUACGCAAGUUAUGUCCGAUGUACACAGCAUAAUAAUGACGAUCAAACCGUUGGCCUAUUGGCUGGACAGGUCGCCUUUCGCAGGUGAUAAGGAUUACGUUGAAUGCAAAACGAAUCUGUUGCAAUUGGGUUUCGAAAUGGCCACCAGCGCUCACAGGGGAAUAUUUUCCGAACGUCCCGUUUGUACGAUCAGGAAAAUCUGCGAAAAAUUGACGAAAAUCGCCGACCACUUAAUUCAGGAAAUAAUGGAUCCCAUGAUCCUACAACCGGCAACGCUGGAUCUGGCGACUCUGAAGAAAAAAGAGCAGGAAUUGGGUUUCUUCAUCAUGCCCUGUUAUCAAUCCGUACACCAAAUAGCCGAGAUAAAGCACGGUUCGCCGGCGCACGGCAGCAAAAUCGAAGAAGGCGACGAAAUAGUACAGGUGAAUUACCAAACGGUCGUGGGUUGGCAGAAGAAGAAAGUGAUGCUGUUAUUGGAGGAAUCCCCGCCGGAAAUCGUGCUGACGUUGAAGAAGCGACCGAGACACACGAAAGUCUACGGGCAAAUCUACAUGAAACCCUACCGGCUGCCCAGCCGAAAGAGAAACGGCCACAAUUGGUCUACCAGAUGGAACGACAACGUCCCAUCGCCUAGGCUGCUGCCCAUCAUCAAUCUGCCGCCUAUGAAGCUCGCCAAGAGCGAAGAAGAGGAGGAGGAAGAGGCCGGAGCCGAAACGGAAUUGAGCAGCAGCGACAGCGAACCGCCCGACAGCCCGUUGGAUUCGAAGGGGCGCAUGUACCCCCUGAAACCCAGGCCUAUUUUGCAGAGGCGCAACACCAUUUCGGGCGCCUGCGCCGCCUCUAACAAGCGAGUUUAUCCGUCCAUCGAACAGUACUGGGACCUGAUCAAGCCCCGUUCGAACGCCUCGCACGCCGGCUCUUGCCGCGACAUGGACGACUCGAAUUUCGACGGGGACGCGCAAUUCCUGCGGGACAAGAGCGCUUCCUGCAACGUGGGAUUGGACAGGGCGCCGCCUCGACCCACCACCGUCAUCGGCCUGUCUCAGAGAAACGCCAGGGACGCUCCCAAAUCGCGAAUCAAACCUCCCGUACCGUUAGCGAAGAAGAGCGAAGGGGAUUCUCCUGUACGAGCGGUUACUGAAGAUGGUGUACAAGAAAGCGAAAUUAUAUUGCAAGUUAAUAAGAAUAGUGAGGUUGUUGCAGGAGAGAAGAAGUGUAGUGAUUUGAAGGUGGAGAAAAACGAAGAUAUAAUGAUGUUGAGUGAAAGGAAGAAGGCUAAAGAGAUUCGUGGUGAUUUAAAGAUGGUCGAAGAGGAAAAGAAGAUGAAUACAGAGAGCGAGUUGUUAAUGGAAAAGGAGAAGAAGAGGAAUUCGUUGGAGCCCUCUAAUUUGGACGGUACGAAAAGUUUGAGCGCCGCGAGUUUGGCCGGUUUGAGCAAUGAAAACCUUUGUUUUAUCGACGAAGACGUAAAACCGGUAAAAUACUCACAUUUUCAUGUACCAGGAAAAGACCUCACCGACCGAUCCAGCAUGACGUUGGACUACUGGAAAAGGGAAAUCGUCGACGAAAUAAUCGACACGAUAAAGGCCAAGACAUCGACGGCGGGAAACCCGAAACCCGAAGAAUACCCGAAACCUGAAGAAUCCCCAAAAUCUGACGAAUCCCCGAAGCCUGACGAAUCCCCGAAACCUGACGAAUCCCCGAAACCUGACGAAUCCCCGAAAUCCGAAGAAUCUCCAGAACAUCGGGAAUCCCCGGAGUUCCGGAAGAAUCCUACCGUUCCGAAGGAUCCCGUGCUGUCCGACGUCAAAAUCCACAGUAUCAUCAAGAAAUUCGACAACGCUACAGCGCCGCCUGGCGGCAGGGCGGCCAAAAAAUCGCCGGAAGUGCCGCCUAAACCGGAAACGGGUCGCGUCAAGCCGGCCGUGCCUCCUCGUAGCGCCACCACGCGACUCAGAGGUAAAUUGGACAAAAGCCACAGCACGCCCGCCUACGAUCUUACCGAAGAAACCGAACGAACGGAAACGUUGAAACCCCAUUCGAGGGAUGCCAAGGAGGUUUGGGAAAUCAAGGAGAUAAAAGAAGUGAAGGAAAUCGACGAGAUCAAAGGGAUUAAAGAGCUCAAAGAAGUCAGAGAGAUAAGAGAAGUCAAGGAAGUCGUAGAGACGACUGUGGCGCCGCCUUUGGGCGAACUCGCCAACCAAUUGGGAAUACCGCUGGUGGAAAACGCGAUAAAUUUACCGGUCGUUUUCAAAGACGAAGUCAACAAAGUGGAGGAAUCUUCGAUCGAUAUCGGCGCCGCUGAACCGCCGCCCAAACCGCCGCCGCGCCUCUCCCCGUUCGACCGCCCCAAGCCGGCCUAUCCGUCGGCCUCGCCGAAGCCCCGCGCCGCCCCCAUGCCCUCGCCCCGUCCCGCCUUCGACUUCCCGGAGACGCCGAGACGUCGCGACGCCGAUCCUUUAGAGGAGGACCAUCACGAAGGACUCCUGGAGGAGAAACCGUUGACUCAAUCGCCCCCCGCCGGGUGGGUCAAGGAGACCAAGAUGGCAGCUUCUUGUCUAUCCGUAAGGAGUAAAGGGGAGCCGGAGAGCGAGGGUAAGACGGGGGGGUAUUGCGAGUUGCAUAAGGCGAGCGGAGACAGCAAGGUGUCCCCGACGAAUUCGAUCGUGAAGGGAUUGAUGUCCGGUAAAAAUAAGGCCGGCAAGAAGAAGAGUUCUUUGUUGGCGAAACGAAGAAAGGUGUCUGUAGGCGAGCUGCAACCCGCCGAUAUACAAGGCCACUUGUUCCAAAGGCUGCGCGGCAAACACAAUCAAAACGUCCAUUGGGAGAGGAGAUGGUUCGUCCUUACGAGCGGCUGUAUGUACGGUUUCAAAACGAAAGAGGACCCAACGGCCGCCUGCUUGAUAUUCCUGGCCGGGUUUACCGUGGCCUUGGCGAACGAGGUGAAAUCCCGACCUUACUCGUUCAAAGUCUACCACACCGGUACGGCCUUUUACUUUUCGGCGGACGAUCCGGACGCGCUCCAGUCCUGGAUAGAGUUGAUCAAAUCCGGUACGUUGCAUAGCGACCGGCCCAAAAACUCCCUGGAAACCGUCGCGACGCUCUACUCGGAAACGGACGAAUCCGAUCCGGAGAACCCGGAUAGGGAGAAAGAUAAGGACAAAGACAAGGAUAAGGAGAAAUCGGGCGCGAAGAAGGCGGAUUCGCUGAGGAAAUUCGGCUCUUUGAAGAAAUUCGCGUCGAAAAAGUCCGGCGAUGGGGCCACCGGCACGCCCGGGGGAAGUACCAGCUUGGAUAGGAAGUGGUUCUUUAAUAAAUCCAGCGGGAAUAAAAAGGAUUCCGUGCCUGUACCGACGGCGCAAUUCAGAUCGUACAGGAAAAUUCGUUCGACGGACAGCCAAAGCAGCACGACAACCGGCAAUUUCACUUCGCACGUGCAACUGUUCCAGCCUGAACAAAACCUGGCAAAAGCGCAAAACGCCAGCGUUCCGGAUCUAUCCAUGGACGCGAUUAGAUCGGAAUUGUGUCGAGAACUAUCCAAGCGACGACAAAAACCAUCGGGCUACAUGCACGCCAGCAAUCCCAGCCUUUGUAACAUAAGCGAUUUCAACGGGCAAAACCCGAGCAAAUCGACCACAAAACCGGACAGUUUGGCCGGUUUCGUCACAUUGGAGGAACUGAUGAACAGACAAACCGAAGAGAGGAAAAUGAACCCGCAUUACAUCGCCGAAGAAUUAUCCAGGAACUUGCAAUACGUCAAAACCGACGUCGUUUACGGGGAAGUUCCGCUUCGAGCGAAUAUUGAAGGCGCGGAGGAUCAUCCUACGGCGCGUCCGGGGAAACCCCGACGCUGCUCGUCGGAGAAAGGCGUCGAGAAGAGCGCCUCGAGCAGCUCGUGCUUCGGCAAGCGGCUCGGCUCGUUGAGGAAAACCCACGGGAAAGGCGACGAGGACGCCGAAGGGAAGAUCUCCACGUAUCCGAAGAGGAACGAUCACAAAACCGGCGACGGGACGACCAACAGAUCGUUGCCGAGGACGCAUAAAAUACGCGAGAAGUGUUCCAGAUAUGAAGACGUCGCGCCUCAGUUAUACGACAAAGCUUACUUAGCGAAUAAAUACAAAGAGCGCUCGUACGAGCUCAUAUACUGUCCGGAGAAAAUCAACGACGUCCAAUUCGCCACUAACAGAACCCUAGACUACACCAAACGCGAUGAAAUUCAAGGGAAACCACAAAAACCCAUUCCGAUGCCGCGCUACAUCCACCUAAAAAAUCCACCGGAAAGCCCCGAAGAAGACGCCCAAUCGUAUUACUCGCCCUACAAACUCGAAUCGAAACCGCCGGGAGGGAACCAGCACGCUCAUUACGCUCAAUACGCCCAGUACAAGGGUUCCCCGACGUCUUCGUCUUCCGCUUCUUCGUCUUCGCCCUCGUCGGUUUGUUCGAUGUCCAAGUCGAAGCCCGCGGGGGAGUACCAGUGUUCGCGGUACGCCGAGAAACGGGGCAAAUUGCCGCGGGAGGAGCAGAAGGGCGGCAAGUUGAAGCAAAUGUUCGGCGGGAAGUCGGAGGGGCGGAAGGAGAAGAGUUUCUUGGGUUCCCCGAAGUUGCAUCGGGCGAUUUUCAAACGGACGGGUUCCGGUUCUUGCCAGAGUUCCGGCGCCGAUCGAGGGACGGCUUUCGAAAGCCCUUCUUAUUCGCCGGAGCACACGCCGCCUGUGAUACCCGAUCAUUAUGAGAUGAACGUCAGCCCGGAUUACCCGGAUUUGGAAUACCCGCCGAUCUUCGAAGCGGAAACCUAUUCGUUGGCCGAUCCGCAGCCUGCUGUUCAUUAUGCGACCUACGAUAAAUCGGAUAAAAAUACUCAGUAG